GUGUCUUCUUCUCUUGUGCGCAUGCGCUUUGCUAAUAUCAACAAACCAAGAUGGCGUACCAAACUUUUCAGCAGGAAUACAUGCAAAUUCCUGUGGUUACUCGAUUUUAUACAACAGCUUGCGUAUUGACAACCACUGCUGUGCAAUUGGACUUGAUAAACCCAUUUCAAUUAUACUUCAACCCAGAUUUAAUAUUAAAAAGAUUUGAGGUAUGGAGGCUGGUAACAAAUUAUCUGUUUUUUGGGACCUUUGGUUUUAACUUCUUCUUCAACAUGAUAUUCACUUAUAGGUAUUGCAGGAUGCUAGAGGAAGGAUCUUUUCGUGGAAGGACUGCAGAUUUUGUCUUCAUGUUUUUAUUUGGUGGAAUGAUAAUGACAAUAAUGGCGCUAUUUGUCAACAUAGUAUUUCUAGGCCAGGCUUUCACUAUAAUGCUUGUGUAUAUCUGGAGCAGACGAAACACCUAUGUGCGGAUGAACUUCUUCGGACUAAUGAACUUCCAGGCGCCGUACCUUCCUUGGGUGCUUCUUGGGUUUUCUUUGCUGCUCGGAAAUUCAAUCAUUGUCGACCUGAUGGGUAUUGGCGUCGGACACAUUUAUUAUUUUCUUGAAGAUGUUUUCCCAACUAAGCCAGGUGGAAAGCGACUGUUACAAACGCCAGGAUUUCUAAAAGCAAUAUUGGAUCAAGAUCAAGACAUUGCAUACGAACCACUACCGGAAGCUGAGAGGCCUGGAGGUUUUAACUGGGGAGGAGCAGCUCAGCAAGCACCAGAAGAAAACCAGGACAGGUGAUUCACAGUCGAUGGAAGCACAUUUUAGCAAAUGGAAAAUUUGGGGAGACGAAUAAACGAAACCUAUAGAGUGAGCCCCCGUCAUCGAAGAAAGAGCGUGCUUAAUAAGUUGAACAGGCUCCUGGAUUCCAAGGACUGAGACGGGGGUGCUUAAUCUAAACGAUACAUUGCUCUGAAUUUAUCUUGUAUCAUUUUCUCCACUUGGGUUCUUCGUUAAAAAGAAAUGAUUAGAAUAGUGUGAUAAUUUCGUGUUUAGUCCUUACAUUGUCUUGAGUCUA